AUGACGCUCAAUCUCAAUGAAUUCGACGUCCUAGUGUUUGACAUUGAAGGAACCGUUUGUCCCAUCUCCUUUGUCAAGGAGGUUCUCGUGAGUCGUCCCGUUCUCUUGUUUGUCUCACUUCACAACCGUUCCGAUUUUACUCCCCUUACCCAUGUACUACCUCCGUCCGUCCCUCUUACCGCCUCCGGGCCCGGACCUCCGUAUGGAUCCCACCAAAUUUCGUCCCAGCCUCCUCUUCCGGACGUCCUCCGUCCAGCUGCCGGCCUUUGUACCCAGAUCCCGGGUGUCGACGCUGCCGAACCAAGUUCUGCCAAGUUGCGCAACCCCUUUGCACUCUUCACCGACUUUGCCCAUUUCGUGAUAGCAUGCACGAUGUCGACAACACUGCAGCCUGCUGACCAAGAUCAAGAAUGGGAUAGCCCAGAAUUCGCAAAGUACCGCGAUGCCUUUCCCGAGGAGUAUCGCAACUCGCGCUCUGACUUGGAAGCGCACGUCCGCGACCUCGUGAAGCGUGAUGUCAAGAUCGCCUAUCUCAAGUCGCUCCAGGGUUACCUGUGGCUGCAAGGCUACAAGUCGGGUAACAUCGUGGCGCCCCUCUUCCCAGAUGUUGAGCCCUUCUUCAACGAGGCCACCCAAGCUGGAAAGAAGAUCAUCAUCUACUCGUCCGGCUCAGUCCCCGCGCAGAAGUUGCUCUUUUCACAUACCAACUCCGGGAAGUCAGAUAUGACGCCUCUUAUCGCAGACUACUUUGAUACCACUAAUGCGGGGCCCAAAACCGAGGUUGAUAGCUACGCGAAGAUCAUUUCUGAGCAUCCGGAACACAAGGACGUCAACCGAUGGCUUUUCCUGAGCGACAAUAUCAGCGAGGUCAAAGCUGCUGUUGGGGCUGGUAUGCGCAGUUUGCCCGUUGUUCGUCCUGGCAAUGCGCCCUUGCCGCCAGACGAACCUCUGUCCAAGCUCGCCAUUACCGAGUUCCAGCACACAGAGGUCGCUUCUUUGGGAGUAUGA